AUGGCGACAAAUCCGCGCAAGAAAACAAAGCAGGUCAGCGAAAUCGAUACUCGCUCUGAGGACGAAAAAGCUGCUAACCGCGCGUUGGCACGAAAAGCCGCUAGAAAGUUUGCCAGCAACCGCGACAGUCCAGCCGGCCCUGCUACCUUUUCAUCUGUGGAUACGACUGAACGCGGUCAACCCAAUGCUUACGAUCCGAACGAGUGUAGUUCUUCUGAUAGCGACGUCACUUUCGUUUGUGAAAAACCUGCAAUGACGGCUCCUUCUUCUUCACAGACACAAGUUGUUCGACGGAAGGUUGUUCCAACAAAACAACCGGCUUAUCCCGCGCGAAAUAAAAAACGCAAAAAAAUUUCAAGCGACGAAUCUGAUGAGCCUUGUACUGAGCCAGCAGCGGACAAACGAAAACCGAAGAAAAAAGACGGUCUUUGCAAAAAGAAUGGAGAAGAUGUUGGUAGACGAUCACGCUCGCCCAAAAGUAAGCCUAUUCCCCGCUACCGUCGUUUGCAGAAUGUUCCUCUUGGUACCCUUUCCCAAAUGGACUGGAUGGAUCGUAAAGAUCCUAAUACUCCAAAGGGUGACAGCGUUGCACCACCAAACGAGCCGAUUGUCAAGCCUAUUUUGGCGCAGAGCGAGUCAAAUCUUCCUCGAGAGAUUUCUAUGAACAAUGCGAUUUUCGAGCUAAGUGGUGCACCUGUAGAUGUUGUUGAAGGCGACGCCCCUGAUAUUCCACUUAAUCUAGCGCGAAAAUCUGAUACCGACAGGGUCCAAGAGCAGUUGGCUUCCAUUCGACUCGCGUCAAAAGCCGGCAGAAACCGUCGACACAGCGAGAAGAGUAAAAAUAAGUUUGGAAUUAAAAAGCACCAAUCCGUCUUGUCCAUGGUUCCUGAAGAGACCGAAGAAGAGCGAUACCCUGAAGAUCACGAGGACACAGUCACUGAAAGCGAAGAUAGCAAUGAUGAGCUUCGAAUGAAAAUAAAGGGGUUGGAACAAGAAAAACCUAUGUGGUAUCUGAAUCGUUUCCAGCUGCGUCGGUUUUUUUCGGCAGCUUUUGAUUCGAAGAAUGGUAUUCGGCCUAGCUUACGCUGCACAAGAAUUGCUAAUUUUCUGCAGCGGGUUGAUAGAAAACUCUCAAACGCUGAACACGCAACUGCCGAACAAGACGAUUCUCCGACUUAUCGCGUGUUCUUUGAAAAUACCCCUAAAUACACGUCUUUCGACCCAUUCUAUACGGAACCUGGCGCUUACACAGGUGUUUAUGCUGAAUGGGACAAAUUGGGCGCCUUCAAACCGUACUUUGCAGUGGAUGGAUUUGGACAUUUUUACAUUCGCAUGCUGAAAAUCUGGGUUCACUAUCCAAGCGGUGUCGAGGGUGUUGAAGGUGCAUGGAAACUAGUCGACUUCGCAGACCGCUCCUUGGGUCACCCUGCAAAAGUUCUGGCUGCAGUUAACAAAAUGUCCAUUUGCGCGUAUCCUUGGCCAACGAAAAUACGCGUUCGUUCUGUUGAGGGAAGCCGACAGCUGACAAUUGUGGAUCCAAAUGGACCUUUUAAGGCUUCAAUUUUACUGAUCAACGGCUUUAUUCCACUUGUUUACGAUCCACCUUACAAGGAACAGGCCGAUCUGCUGUUCAACAAUCCUGAGGUUUUGGACGUGCUGUGCGAUUCUGAUAUGAUUAACGAAAGACCGAAUCGCGCGCAAGUCGACGCCGUUAAUACACGACUGGAGAACUUCGUUUGGCGGUGUAUUCCAAAUGUCUUCAGAGCCGAUCUCUUUGGAGCAACUGAUGAUACCAACGUUUCCUCGUCUGAGCACAAGACGGUCGAUGAGCGCUUUCAAGCUCUUCAAAAACAAUUUGACAGUUUGUUUGGCCCACGAGAUCGCCCAGAAAAUAACGAUCCUUUUAACACGAAGAAAAGACCUAUUGACAUCGCUGUUGACCAAAUUUUUGAGGCUCUUCCGCCUAUUUUCAAGCGAUAUGAUGACUUUUGGCCUUCAAAAUUGCUCAUUGAAGCGAUUCUUUACGCCAACAGCUCUAAGUGCUUCACCGAAUCGACUGACAUGAUGGCUAUGAUGGGUGUCUCUCGCGGAAUACCAGCAAAAAUUAUUGCUUGGCAGAUUUGGGCUCAAUAUCAACCAGAAGAACUCAACAAAAAGACUGUCAAAAAGGAGCUGAAGCAAGUUCAGAAGAAGCUUGAAAAAGGCCUCAAGAAGAAAAAUCUAGGUGUUCCAACUCCUAGCGUCAUGAAUUCAGUUAUCCACAAUAAAUCGGCGACAUCGGAGAAAGUCGUCGAAUCCGCGCGACCGAACAAACGGAGUCAAAGUUCUGCUGACACAGUCGAGCCAGAGAUUCCUGAUCCUCUCUUAGUGGGUGGUACUCGACGUGGAGUUAAUCGCGAUGAAAACCGUUUCGGCUUCUUUAAAACCCGUCCCAAAUCAUCGACUACUGCUCCUAACCCCCCAUCUCUCAUCUCAUCUUCGAAUUCUGAUGAUUCUUCUGAAUAA